GUGUUAUACUUCGUGAUUCACAUGGAGUUGCUCAGGUUCGAUACAUCACUGGAAAUAAAAUAUUACGUAUUUUAAAGAAAAAAGGUAUGGUCUUUUGCCAAAAUUAAUGUACCAUACUUUGUUAUUUUAUACCUAUUUUAGUCAGUACUAGAAAUGCAUACAUACAGAAACCCUUCGCCUUUAUUUUCCUCAACUUUUUUUAACAUGAAGUAUUCUACGUUACGCCACCAAUGAACGCAGGCUCGCGUCAUGUUAGCCAUGGCAACACGAAUGCACGAUCAUUUUUUUUGUGCAAAACGGCAAAAAAAUGAAGAAAAAAAUAUUAAGUUUAAUGAAGUUUAACUCUUUAAUUAUCGAACUAUCUAUUUCUAAAAUUAUAAGUAGGUAUGUUAUUUUUCACCCUAUAAGCUUGAAUUUAAAGUAGUAUUUAAAGUGCAUAUGACAUGAAAUUUCUUAUUUUCUUAAAUGAAAGAACUUAAGCUGUAAUGUAACUUAUUUUUCAGUUUCUUGUUUUUAUUGUUUGUUCCCGAGAUAUUUCAGUUUGUUUGGUAUGUAAAUGAGUGUGAAUAUGUCCGCUAAUUUAUGACGUCAUGUUGGUUGCAAGCUCUUCAAAAUGGUUGAAUAUCACUGCUAUCAUCCAACAUGAUAAUUUCAAACUUCACUCACUGGUAAAUGUGAUGAAACACUGCAGAAAAACGUAAACAAAUAUCUACAGUUUUUAGAGUUAAUAGAUUUAUAACCAGUGUAAUUUGAGCUUGCAACCAACGUGACGUCAUAAAUUAGCGGACAUAUUCACACUCAUUUACAUAUCAAACAAAUUGAAAUAUUUCUGGAAUAAACCAUAAAAACAAGAAACUGAAGAAUAAGUUACACUACAGCUUAGAGAGUCCUUUCAUUUAUGAAAAUAAGAAAUUUUAUGUCAUGAUAUGCACUUUAACCUUGAACGCUUCACGAAAUGAUCAUUUAACUUUAUAUUUAAUAUAUAUGCUGUUUCGAUUGUUUGGCAGUAAACAACGUACAUGUACAUGUUGAACGACAACAACGUAAAAACUUGCUUUAGAUUUCAUAAUUUCCCAUAUUAUAUAUCUCUUCUUGUCAUUUCUUUAAAGUAAAAUUUUAAAAAUCGCUUAAGGUGGCUCCCUACAGUUAGUACAGUUUAAAUACGAUUUAUAUAGAUCAGACUUCAUCCUCGCGACCUGCGCGUGGAAUCGUGUUUACUGUUCGGCAAAAAUAUUGAAACAAGCCGUGGGAAGUUUUUUGGCGUUUUUUAUCUACAAAGAAAGCCCCAGUUUUUCAUUAUAAUCCUAUUUUUUUCUGAAUUCGAACAGUACGUAUGUUAUUAACUAGUUUAACCUAUCUUUUAGUGUGUUUUUACGUAUUUACGUUCAGUAUUGUCUUUCAUAUUGCUCAAAAUUUUCAGCUUGUUGUUUUGCGAGCUGUCAAACUGAAAUGACACUGUCUUCUAUUAACUCUUGAACAGUAGUGAACUGUUCCCGAAACUUAUAGAAGUUCUGUCAAUCAAUUCAAUUUACAGGUAUCGUUUUAUCUGCUAAAUCAAAUAAAACAGUUAUGAGUUGUUUUAUAUGAAAAGUUAAACUUGUAGUUCGAUGUUUUGAAAAGUUUUCACACCGAUUUUAACAACAAAAACAAAUGUAAACUAACACUGGAUUUAAUACAAUGCCUAUAAUAGUGUUUUUUAUUAGUAUUUUCAAGAUUAAUAUUUUAUUUUCAUGUCAAACAAGUCAGAAAUAUCUGAUUUCUUAUGUAUUGUAAGCCAAAAAGUUGAAAUCACUAUAAAUCAACACCGCGGAAAAACGUCUGCGCAUGCACCAAAUUAUGAAAAUAUGGCGGGGAAUUUGAAUAUCAAUUUCUAAAACAAAAACAUGCUUAUUAAUUGGUCAAAAAUUAGUAAAACAAACGAGAAAAUAUAGCAAAUGGGUAGACUAGACAUUAAUUGUGAGCGUCCUGGCAUUUAAAGUAUGGAAUGAAAUAUAAUUCAUGUAAAAAAUUGUUGAUUUUAACGGACACGACUUCGAAAAUAUUUGCAAAAUUAUUCAAAACAAAAAUUCAAACUCAAAAGUUAAGAAAACUCUCGAAAAGUUAAGCUUCUUAACCCACUCAAAUUGUAGAAUAAAUCCUAAAGUUUAAUUAUUGUGAAUACGAAAAUUUUUUAUAUUUGGCGACACAGUUUUUUUUAAAGAAAUGUAUCUCAAACGAAAAUUCGGAAAUUGUCGUUGCUUAGUUGAUAAAAAAAUGUUUCAGACGAUAAAUUUGUCAACAAUCACCUUUAGUUCAUGUUCUUGUACAAUACAAUUCUUGAACCUUCUGGCUGUAUUUAUUCCUAGUUUUUAGAAUGACAUGUUUAUUUUCGCGCUCGAAAUCUGGCUGUAAAGACGCACAAUGAAGUCACUCCUCUUUACCGCCAUUUUGAGCCUUCGGAAACGUUCGGAACAGCUUCUCAUCAAGUUCGCAAUACUAUUACAGGUAAGGUUGACGCAUGCGCAGACGUUUUUCCGCGGUGUUCUAUAAAUCACACGCUACAAUUUACACACAUGCGCAGAUCGUGCUCAUGUCGAGUCGAUUUUUUUUCAUGCUGGCCACGCCGAUUUUAGCGAUGAUUUUCUCGUGUUUUCUUCGGUGAAAUUUUUUUAAACUUUGUAUUUUUGUUAUAAAAGACAAGUGGUACAACAUAUCCAAAUUUUAAGAAAUUCUACAAAUAACUUUUUCUGUAACCGUCAUUCACGAAUAUCUCGAAAAAUUAUUUAUAAAUUCCCUUCAAAUUUUGAUAUGUUUUUCCUUUAUGGACCAUAAAUCUUCAAAAAAAAUUUCAGAAAAAUUCACCGAAGGAAAAUAUAGAUAUUGUCAAUUUAUUGUGAAAUUAGACAAUAAAAGUGCAAAAGAUUACACGUCAUGGUUGCCAUGGCAACACAAACACUGUUUUAAUUUGUUCAUAAAUGGACAGCACACAGCUUCUGAACUUUCCUGGAAAUGAUCAUAUUGCCUUGUCUUAAGUGUAUCUAAUAUAAAUUCGGUUCAAAGCGAACGAUACUCAAAAUACAGUACCUAGAAUUUUAGAGAACUGUAGGGAGCCACCUUAAUGUUUACAGUUCAUUGUAUGAAACGACUUUUCCAUAUAUUUUCAUUCUUUUUAACUGAAAUUUUGGCAGUUGGUUCAUUCCACUCCUGGCAGUCCGCCAUACUUUGAGAUCAGUGAGAUGACCAUCCACUACCCCACUUUUGAAACCGCUAGCAGCAGCCUUCCUUUUCCCGGUGUAAUUAGCCCCUUCUCCCUGGGCUUACUCCCAGAACGGCGCUCUGUUGGCUCGGGGAUAAAGGCAAGCAGUUUUACUUGUCAAGGCGAAAAUGUUGAGCAUGAAUGGGUUAAAUAGGUUCACAGGUUAACCGUUAUAUAACCCGUUAUUUCUUGAGGGUAAAAACUGCACAGUGCCACAGAUUUAAAGAGGGUGUUGGGGUAUUGCAACAAUGAAUACUGAUACCAAAAAGAUAAUGUCGAUACAUUGAUAUUUUGCUCGGCUCGUAAAGCAUAGUGUUAUACUGUUUGUUAUUAGCAUGACAAAAUUACUGGAUGCUGAUUGGCUGAGAGGAGUACAAUUAUUUCAUUAAUUGUACUGCAGACUGCAGUACAAUUAAUGAUUUUCCGAAAACAAACAAAAUGGCGGAAAUGUAUUUUGAACGCAAAUGUGAAAUGAAAUUCCCCUUGGGGGAACUAGAUGAAAAUACGAACAAAAGCACCAAAUUUUGCUUUGACAAAAGAACUAAAUGAAAAUACUAACAAAAGUACCAAAUUUUGGUUGAAAGUCUGGCAAGACUGGGCUUUGGCGAGAGAAUAUGAUGUUGACGGAGAAGUAUCCAAUUUUGUCAUAUGCGAUGUUGCUCGUACAGUUGAGGAUCAAUGGUACUCGUGAUGUUUGGAAAUUUUGCCCCCGCGGCUCGUCCAAUUUUGGCAAAUACAUAUAUGCUGGCAAUAUACAUAUAUGCUGGCAAUGAAAAUAAUUUAAACAUUGGGAUAUCUUUUCGAUUUUUCCAGAGACUAUACCUUCAUAAUAUUAAAUAGCGUAAAUUUGUUUGCAGGUAUGGCCCCUUCAUUACCAGAGGAUUUGUACCAUUUGAUCAAGAAAGCCGUAUCUGUAAGAAAGCAUUUGGAAAGAAAUCGCAAGGUUAUCUUUGUUAAAAUUAUCAAGUAUCGUUGCAAUGUUUCAACACAGUGAAAUUCUGAAAAUAAUGAGCACCGAAUGUAUUUUGAUUUUGGCGAGUUAUUUUAGAUGAUGCUACUCAGAGUUGCUCCAACCUCGGGCAAGCGGAGAUUUGUUCGACUGCGGUGGGAAUCGGGCGUAGGAAACCAAACGUCCCGGAUUCGAUUCCCACCGCGAUCAAUCAAAUUCCAGCUUGCCCGGUGUGGGACAACUCGGAGCAGCAGCAUCUAAAAAACCGAAUAUGUUUGUUUUAGGACAAAGAUGCUAAAUUCCGGCUCAUUCUUAUCGAAAGUAGAAUCCAUCGUCUUGCACGAUACUACAAGACGAAGAGAGUUCUCGCACCAAAUUGGAAAUA